AGGUUCCAAUGCUUCAAAUGGUUUCCCAGAAAACACAGACGGAUGAAGGUCCAUGGGCAGAUAACUCCUGUCUUGUUGAAGAGCAAGAUCUGAACCAGCAUUACGCCGCCUCUAAGAAAAAUUCAGGACACGAGAAUUUCAUUCCUGUUGAGAAGUUCAGUAUGGAUCAUCUCCCGCCUUUCUUCCCAAAUAGUGACGUAAUCAAGUUAGUUACACUUAUCGCGGAUUUAACUGUCCGUGUGACCGUCCAGUUUGUCAGUGACAGGGGACCCGAGGCUGUCCAAGGAACUGACAUCCCAAACCUCAGUAACAUUGGAAGUGAGCUGAUGAAGGUAGGAGCUGGGUGGAUUGCUGAUACACAGGUGUACCCGAAUGAGUCUUGCAGGUGUAAAGAGUGUGAGCACUCGUUGACACCAGCAACAAGUUUUGCUUACGUGUCUGUAAAGACAUUUACUCACGUUGUCUACGAUGACCCAAAGAUCCAAGAGUACACACAUCAUCUGUUCCUAGAUGUCAGUGAGGCGCCCAGUGUGUACACAGACCAGGUGACACUCAAUGAAAUGUUUGAUAAAGGCUACAACAUGAAACAAACUCGCAGGCUUAUGUACUAUACGCAUAACCUGCAACUUGUCUAUAGAUUGACAAACACGAAGCAGAAACAAAGUCAUUACAUCAUUUCACUGAAAAGAAAUGAGGAUGCUAGAUCAAAGAAUGACCCACCACAGACUAGAGGCAACAGUGCGAAACAGAAGCCUCGGCUGGACAUUGUCGUAUCCCAUCCUCAUGGAGAUGCUAAGCAGGUCAACUAUGGUAACCUCGAGGAUGCCGAGGUUGGGGGAAAGCGCUAUCCGUGUACGCUGAUAAAUGUUUUGGGCUUUAGCGAAGCUCGCAUCAUUGUCCUAGGGGUGGACUCUAUCCAUUCUGGAUUUGAGUAA